AUGGCGCUUGGGGUCUCGGACGACAUCCUAAUUACUUGUCUCGACAAUGGCCCCGCGAGGAAGCAGCCUGCGUUGCCAGUGGUAGCGCUGCAGUUCAUCGUGGCCAUGGUGGUCAUGGACACAUACCAGUACUUCGUGCACAGGUACAUGCACACAAACAAGUUUCUCUACAAGCACAUCCACUCCCAGCACCACACCAUCGUGGUCCCCUACGCCUUCGGGGCGCUCUACAGCAACCCGCUGGAGGGCUUCUUCAUGGACACGGCCAGCGCCACCCUCGGCUUCCUCGUCUCCGGGAUGACGCCCCGGACGGCCAUCUUCUUCUUCUCGCUCGCCAACCUCAAGACCGUCGACGACCACUGCAGCAUGUGGCUCCCACUGCACCUUGUCCUCGCCAACAACACCGCCUUCCACGGCAUCCACCACCAGCUCUACGGCCAAAAGUACAACUUCUCGCAGCCCUUCUUCGUCCACUGGGACAAGCUCUUCGGGACCUACAUGUCUUACACGCUCGAGGAACGCAAGGGAGGUGGUCUGGAUGCGCGUCCAGUUAAACAUAGGGUUGCGGCACACGGCAAGUCCGAUUGACCAGCUACAAUGAUUUGAAAAUUAUAUUAGUUGGGCGAAAGAGAAUAUGAGAGAGAAAGUAAGUGACAUCUCAUUCAAGAGAAGGAAACGUAGAUCCGGGGGCGGAGCUCCCCUUAGGGCAAGAUGGGGCAGCUUCUCUAUCUUAAUUUUUUGGAUAAAAACUACAUAUAUUAAU